UGUGCUGAAUCAUUUUCGCUGUGCCGCAAUAUUUAAUUAACUGCAGCGAUCAUUGCAGUUUUAGCCACCAGUGAAGAGAAACAUAGAACUCGAAAUGCAGAAGGUUGCACUGCUGCUAGUUGCCUUCCUUGCUGCGGCCGUGGCCGACUCAAAUCCACAGGAGAAACCCAGAUUGCUGCGAGUACCACUCCACAAAUUUCAGUCGGCCCGCCGACACUUCGCGGAUGUGGGCACAGAACUGCAGCAAUUGCGCAUUAGGUACGGCGGAGGCGAUGUGCCGGAACCUCUGUCCAACUACAUGGACGCCCAGUACUAUGGACCCAUUGCCAUUGGCUCGCCGCCGCAGAACUUCCGUGUAGUUUUCGACACCGGCUCCUCGAAUUUGUGGGUGCCGUCCAAGAAGUGUCACCUGACCAACAUCGCAUGCUUGAUGCACAACAAGUACGAUGCCUCCAAGUCGAAGACCUACACCAAGAACGGCACUGAGUUCGCCAUCCAGUACGGUUCGGGCAGCUUGUCCGGAUACCUGUCCACCGAUACGGUUUCCAUUGCCGGUCUGGACAUCAAGGAUCAGACAUUCGCCGAGGCGCUGAGUGAGCCGGGUCUAGUCUUCGUGGCUGCCAAGUUUGACGGCAUUCUGGGCCUGGGCUACAGCUCCAUUUCCGUUGACAAGGUGAAGCCGCCUUUCUACGCCAUGUACGAGCAGGGCUUGAUCUCCGCUCCGGUGUUCUCAUUUUACCUGAACCGCGAUCCCGCCUCCCCCGAGGGCGGUGAGAUCAUUUUUGGCGGCUCCGAUCCCAACCACUACACUGGUGAAUUCACCUACUUGCCCGUUACCCGCAAGGCCUACUGGCAAAUUAAGAUGGAUGCCGCUUCCAUUGGUGAUUUGCAGCUGUGCAAGGGUGGUUGCCAGGUAAUCGCUGACACCGGCACGUCACUAAUUGCUGCUCCCUUGGAGGAGGCCACUUCUAUUAACCAGAAGAUCGGUGGAACUCCCAUCAUCGGUGGUCAGUAUGUGGUAUCUUGCGAUCUCAUCCCCAAACUGCCGGUAAUCAAGUUUGUGCUGGGCGGAAAGACCUUCGAACUUGAGGGCAAGGACUAUAUUCUCCGUGUGGCCCAGAUGGGCAAGACCAUCUGUUUGUCCGGUUUCAUGGGCAUGGACAUCCCCCCUCCAAACGGACCUUUAUGGAUCCUGGGUGAUGUUUUUAUUGGAAAAUACUACACCGAGUUUGAUAUGGGCAACGAUCGUGUGGGCUUUGCCGAUGCCAAAUAAUCGAACAAAGAAAAGUAUACUUAAAAUUUAAAUUGUAAACAUUAUCGAUCCCCUUGCGGAUUUCUCAGAAGAACCUAUGGAAUAUAUAUGUAAUACCUAUAACGUUUCUUUGUUUGAUGACGAGUUGUUUAUGCGAAAUCAGCAGAAUGUUUUGGCUGGCUCUACUCUUUGUGAUAGGGCACAAAGCUUUAAAAGGUGAAUGUGUAUAUGGCAUUUGUCAUGAUUAGUGGCGAGUCUAAUUGAUACCGAAUGUAUAUGACUGCUUGUAAAGCUUUUUCACUCAAUUAAUUUGUAUAAUAUACAUUUCCCCAUACAGUGAAAAGAUCGUGUACCCAGCCAGCUGAUAACAAAUCUCUGGGGAUCAACGACUUUCACAGUUUUUAUACAAGACUAUUUAUAAGAGAUCCGUUCUCUUAAAUAUGAAAUGCCUUAAGCCAAUGAAUCAUUUACUAAUAAAAUCUGGUAUAAACCUAGUAUAAAGA